AUGAGACACUCACGUUUUUUGUGUAUUCAACAUGGCAAAGAUAAACGUAAAGCCAGCAUGGAUAAUACUAUGCACCAGCCACCGCUCAAGAAACUAGCGUCAGAGAGUCCUAUAAGUGCAACACUGGGAAACUCAUUGCCAGUCGACACGCCAGGAUCAAGCAGUGGAUACCCAACAAUUAUGUGGACUGCAGACUCUAAUUUACAAUCAUCACUGAAUGAGAAUGUGCCUGGAAGCAGAGGCAGGAAGGAGAUGGUCGGUGGUCAAGGGCCAAAAACUUCGGCAGCCCUUGAUCAAGUGUGA